UGGAGCCGCCCGAGCGCGCCGGGAACGGGGCCCUGGGGGAGCCGGGAGCGGCGGGGAGGGGGUUGCCCAGCGGCCGCAGCCUUCCCCGGCGAGGCGCGAGUGCCGGCCGCCGCUGGGGCGGGGCGGGAGGGCAGGGGAGAGGAAGGAGGGGGGAGGGUCGGGGCCUCCCUGGUGAUUUUCCUUCCCCCUGCCAGGCUCGGCCCCCGUCCCGGGCCCGGAGAGGCCGGAACGGAGGCGCGCAUGGAGACCGCCGAGGAGCGCGUCGCUCCGCGCCGGGUGGCCCCCGUGUCUGAGCGCUGACGCAGAGCGAAGACCUGGUAAAAGUGCACUUAACACAGUAGGCUUUCAGAUUUUCCUACCUACCUCAUAACUUUGGAAAGAAGACGACAAAUGGAGCUCCAUGAUUCUAUGAAAACCUAGAGGUCAUUGUGGUGUUGUAGCAGAACCUCCAACAGCAGUCAUACCUUAUCAUCUUGCCAAACUAUGGAGCCCUGUACAUCUGAUGAAUUUUUUCAGGCUCUCAACCAUGCUGAACAAACUUUUAAAAAGAUGGAGAACUAUCUGAGACACAAACAACUGUGCGAUGUGGUGUUAGUUGCUGGUGAUCGUAGAAUACCGGCUCACAGAUUGGUUCUCUCCUCUGUUUCCGACUACUUUGCAGCAAUGUUUACUAAUGAUGUAAGGGAAGCAAGACAAGAAGAAAUCAAGAUGGAAGGUGUGGAGCCAAAUGCAUUGUGGGCUCUGGUUCAAUAUGCAUAUACAGGUCGUCUUGAAUUAAAAGAAGAUAACAUUGAGUGCCUGUUGUCUACAGCUUGCCUUCUUCAGCUCUCUCAGGUUGUAGAAGCCUGUUGUAAGUUCCUAAUGAAGCAGCUUCACCCGUCCAACUGCCUUGGAAUCCGAUCCUUUGCUGAUGCGCAGGGUUGCACUGACUUGCACAAGGUGGCUCACAAUUACACUAUGGAAAAUUUCAUGGAAGUAAUUAGAAACCAAGAAUUUCUAUUACUGCCAGCCACUGAAAUUGCAAAGCUUUUAGCAAGUGAUGAUAUGAAUAUUCCUAAUGAAGAAACUAUACUGAAUGCACUACUUACAUGGGUUCGACAUGAUUUGGAACAGAGAAGGAAAGAUCUCAGUAAACUCCUGGCUUACAUUAGACUGCCUCUGCUUGCUCCACAGUUUCUGGCAGAUAUGGAAAAUAAUGCACUCUUUAGAGAUGACAUUGAAUGCCAAAAACUCAUUAUGGAAGCAAUGAAGUACCAUCUGUUGCCAGAGAGACGACCUAUGUUACAAAGUCCUCGCACCAAACCUAGAAAAUCUACAGUGGGAGUGUUGUUUGCAGUUGGAGGAAUGGAUGCAACAAAAGGAGCUACAAGCAUUGAAAAGUAUGAACUUCGUACUAACAUGUGGACCCCUGUUGCAAACAUGAAUGGACGAAGAUUACAGUUUGGAGUUGCAGUGUUAGAUGAUAAAUUGUAUGUUGUUGGCGGCAGAGAUGGACUGAAAACACUGAAUACUGUGGAGUGCUACAACCCUAGAACAAAAACGUGGAGUGUAAUGCCACCUAUGUCCACACAUCGUCAUGGUCUUGGAGUAGCUGUAUUGGAAGGUCCCAUGUAUGCUGUAGGAGGACAUGAUGGCUGGAGCUACCUGAAUACGGUAGAAAGAUGGGAUCCACAGGCUCGUCAGUGGAACUUUGUAGCUAGCAUGUCAACUCCAAGGAGCACUGUUGGGGUAGCAAUAUUAAAUGGAAAACUUUAUGCGGUUGGUGGUCGAGACGGAAGUUCUUGUCUUAAGUCAGUAGAAUGUUUUGAUCCUCAUACAAACAAAUGGACUCCCUGUGCUCAAAUGUCAAAAAGAAGAGGCGGAGUAGGUGUAACUACCUGGAAUGGGUUCUUGUAUGCAAUCGGUGGACAUGAUGCCCCAGCAUCAAACUUAACAUCUAGGCUCUCAGACUGUGUAGAAAGGUAUGAUCCAAAAACAGAUAUGUGGACUGCUGUGGCCUCUAUGAGCAUUAGCAGAGAUGCAGUGGGAGUAUGUCUUCUUGGUGACAAGUUGUAUGCUGUUGGAGGAUAUGAUGGGCAAACAUACCUUAAUACAGUGGAGUCCUAUGAUCCCCAGACCAAUGAAUGGACGCAGGUUGCACCAUUGUGUUUAGGAAGAGCUGGAGCAUGUGUUGUGACUGUAAAACUUUAAAUUAUUUUCUGUAUGAAGGUGGCAUUCUCCUCUGUAGACUCAGCUGAUUUCUUUUUUUACCUCAAGCAAAUUAACGUUGCACCAAUAAACAUAAGAUGCAGGAAUCCACCACAGAGCAAAAUGUUUGGUCUUAGCUAGCAUAUACAUGCUCUUCUUAUGGACCAAUACUGAGCACCUUUAAAAAAAAAUUAUCUUUGUUACACAUAUGUUACAAGAAUUCUAAUGUAAGCAAAUCAGCUGUGACAAGCUAAUUGCCAGCAGAGGACUUCUGUUUAGGAAAUGCGUGAAUUCUGUUCUAAAAUAAUUGAAUGUUACAGACUUAGGGCCUUGACCCCUCAGACAUGCACAGGAGUGAUGCUGUUAAUGGAUAUAGUUCCACUAUACACAAACAAGUUACAGGAUUGGAACCCAUAUAUUUAUUUUGCCUCUAAUAAACAGGUUUUGCUAUAGGUAUCUGAGCUAUUACAAUGCAGGCUGACAAACCAAUGCAAACCAUUGUAAAUGGCAGGUGUAAUGCUUGCCUUGGAAAUGAAGGUGUGUAUUUGGUGAAUCUUUUGCACUUUUUCCAGGAUUCCUAGUUUAGUAAACUUUUUAUUUAACCAAAGCCUUAUUUUAAAUAUUGUCUUAUUACAAUAACAGUAAUCUGCUGUUCAAUAACUUCUGCAGAAACUUUCUGGCAUCCAGUGAACUUUUUGGAUUUUUGAAGAUUUUACAUAAGAUGCAGAAUAUCAUACCUUUUUUUCUACUUAAUCUGAUCCUUGUAUUUACUUUGUUAUUUUUAAGAAAGUAUAAGUUGAAAGAAUUCUGAAGUGUAACUAAAAGCUAACCUAUGGGUUAACUUUUUUAAUAGGAGCACUUUGGAAUUCUGUAAGCAUUCCAUUACACUUACACUUAAGAGUCUACUUUGAUACUCUUUAAUUAUUUUACAUGAGGCUUUGCACUAAUUUUAAAAGUAUAAUUUUAUAUGAUAAAAUGUAAUAAUUGUUGUUUCAAAGUGUAAGGGGCCCAGUCCUACAAGGUGUUUAACUACCACCAUCUAAGCAUGUUCAGCAUCUUGUAGAAAAAGUAAGUGUGCCUCACAGGAUUAAAUCAGAUUAGUUACAUUAUUUAACAGUUAUUUAAUUUUUUUCAGAUACUUUAUAAUUUGCCUUUUUUGAUUGCUAUGUUCUGUUACACAAUUGCUUGAACGUUCGAAAUGUUCUCUGAAAGUCUUUUUGUAUUUGCUUUUCUGUGCCUUGUUUCUGAUGUUUUCAAAACAGUACAGUAUGUUUCUUUGUAAUAGACUUUGAAGAUGUGAGCUCACUGAAUGUUUUUGAAAAGUAGGUUUGAAGUGUCUGAUACCCAAAGUCUUUGUACAUUUGUAACUUUAAAAUCUGUGUUUAUGCUCUCAGCGAACUAUUUAUUGUUCUAAAAGAAAUUACUGUGCAGUAAAACUUUGAUGAAAUCUGCACUGUUUGAA